UUUCAAUCAGCUCAAAUCUAAUAAUAUUAUUUUAUAUUAUACUAAUCAAUCGAUCAACAUCUCAAAAAGGUCAUGUCUCAAAAGUCGGGAAGAUCUUCUCCAUCUCCAAAAGAGGAUGACGCUCAACUCCAGGUCCCUCCUACUCGAUCAUCCAGAUCUUCGCAGCCUGAUGUGGGACCUCAAACUCGCUCGGCUGGUCUUCCAACCAACCUCAAAUUGAAAGUCGCUACUCAAAUGAGUAGACUACAACUCAUGAAGGACAUCUUCUCCAAGCUGUCCAACGUCUCAACAUGGACUGUGCAAGACCUGUCCCACACUCAAGAACAGCUGCAAGACCUUCAUAAGAACUUCUCAAAGACUCACUCGUAUUUUGAGUCAGCGUGGCCUGAGUCUUGUCUCGACCACGAAUACUUCGCAUCCUCAGUCUUCUUCGAGGAAUACUCUCUAUACCAAUCAGCCAUCUCGAAAUUAAUACAACUCAAUAUGUCACUCAAUCCUGUGGAUUCACAGCCAUCCACUUCUGCUCAAGCCCCUCAGUCUUCUCAAACUCGUCCUCGAUUGCCUGACAUCUCAAUUCCCACCUUCUCAGGCGACUUCUCAAAAUGGCCUGCAUUCCGAGACCUUUUUCAGUCUCUCGUGAUCAACAGCACCUCAAUUUCUGACAUUGAAAGGUUACAUUACCUUCGGACAUGUCUCUCUCACGAACCUCUCGACACCAUCUCCAGUCUUCCCUUAACGGAAGUCUCGUUCCCCAUAGCUUGGAAGAAGCUUAUGGAUAAAUACGAAAAUAAAAGGCUGCUCCUCUCUUCUCAAUACUCCAAACUUCUCUCCUUCUCAUUGGCGAAUCAGAAAAAUUCUACCGCCUCAUCUCUUCGUCAAUUUAUUGACAGCAUCGUCAAUCCUCUCCAAAGUUUGAAAGCUCUAGGUGAAGAUCUAGAGCAGAAUAACAAUCUUUUGGUGUUCCAUAUCAUCAAUCGUAUGGAUCACGCCUCUCGCACUCAUUGGGAAACUCUCAUCUCCUCUAAUAACGAAUUUCCCUCCUUCGCUCAGUUGAUGGAGUUCCUCCAAUCGCGCUCUAGAGCUCUAGAAUGGACUGAGUCCAAUCAGAGACAGUCAUCUCAAGAAUCCUCUCGCUCUCGCACAACAGUGCACACAAUCUCUCAAAAGGUUACAGCUCAAAGUAAACCUUCUCCUUCACUCAUCUCAAGCAAAUCGGCCUCCUCGAACACUCCAAUCUCAAAAGUCUCUUCUAUGCCCAACUACACCUGUGAUGAUUGUGGACACGACCACUUUAUUGCAGAUUGCCCUCGCUUCUCCAAACGCUCACCUCACGAAAAAGCUGAUACAUCAUCGCCACUCUUGCAGAACGACAAAGAUCUGCAAAAUCUGUGGAAGUGA